AUGCGGCCAAUCAUUUGUCUAUUCACUCGUCAGGGUGUCUUUGACCUAGCUGCUAAGCAACCGCGAACACGAGCCGCCGCGGCGCAUUCCAGUACGGCCAAGCAUGAGACCACACAGCUCGGUGGUCGCAAGAAAACGAGGAAAGUCACGCAGGUAAUUAGUUUAUUGGACAGCGAUAGUGAUGACAGUUGGGGCGAAUCUGCAUUCACCUCACAGGCCGCCUUGCCGAAAAAGAUUGUUAAGCGUGUUGUGAAGCACGAGGAGAAACCAGUUCAGGUAGGACCGGACGUGCAGCUGUGGAUAGACCGACACGCGCCAACGAGAACGGAAGACUUGGCUGUACACGCCAAGAAAGUGACUGAAGUAAGAGAGUGGCUUACGCGCACAUUGGCAAGCAAGGUACGUUGCGGAGAAUAUCGAAUAAGGUACGACAUCGCACGGGCCGAAACACAGAAUUUGGAGACGGCACUGAGUUUUAUGCAACCAUCGCCUCAUCAUGCCACCUCAAUGUUGGGAUACGGCGUACGUAGAGAUGAUUUCUUGCUCCAUGGGUUGACAUAUGUGGACGAGAUCUGUAAGAGCCCCGAGUACGAGUCACUUCUGAAUUUGGGCCACGCUCAAUUCCUGACCCGAAUGAGCACCUGGUCAGGGCAGAGUAUACGGCCGCGUGCGCGCAAACACACAAUUUCUUCAACUGGAACCAUAAACCUCGACGACGACGGGCCAGGAAGGAGUAUAACAUUAAGCAUUGCAGAUGCUCAGUCAGAUAUACUCGAUAGCAUUGAGCAGUUUGAUUGA